GCAACAAAAAAGGAAGGAAUUGUCGUUGAAACUAUAACAGAGUUGCAACGGCAUUAACUUUUUUUACUGAAGAACAUCUCUUUGUUUUUCUGUAAAUAUGAAGUUGACGUUGCAAUUGUUGUUAUCAUCUCUUUUAAUAUCUUUGUCCUUACAAAAAGAAUUGUUCAAAUGGAGAUACAUAGAUUAUGAUUGGUUAGGUGAGGGUAUGGAGAAAUAUUAUAUCGAAAACGGAUUAUACGUAAAAAAUGCUUCGCCAGCUAUAGAUGCAUUAAUAGCAAAUGGGAAAGUAUUUAUUAGCAUACCUCGUGCUUCUGGAGUACCUGCCAGUGUCGGAACGCUUAAUAAAAAUAAAAUACGGGGUGAAGGUCCUGUAGUUACGCCCUAUCCAAGUUGGGAUUGGGCAGAUACAAGAAAAAAUUGUAAUGAAACUAUCAUCAGCGUUUACAGAAUGGACAUUGACAAUUGUAAUAGAUUAUGGAUACUGGAUAAUGGAAAGAACGGAGAUAUUACUCUAUGCCCACAAAAACUUAUAGCAUUUGAUAUAGAAACUAAUAAGGCGGUAAUUAUAAAGGAAAUUCCAAACAAAUAUGGUGCUGACAAAAAUGGUAAAGGUGUUUUAGCAACUCCUUUGAUCGUAACUCAUGGAAAAAAAUGUGAACACAUAACGGCAUACAUGGCGGAUAUAGAAGGUUAUGCAUUAGUGGUAUGGAGAGGAGGCGAUGAAUUUCAAAGAUUUGAAUCACCACUUUUUGCGAACGAUCCAAAAGCCUCGUAUUUCGACUUAGACGGUGACAAAAUGUAUUUAAAUGAUGGUCUCGUUGGUUUAGCACUGUAUAUAGAUGGCCUAAAUCCUAACUGCAAUACAUUAUUUUGUAAUAAAUUAUAUUUGAGUUCAUUAUCUUCUUAUGAUAUGUUUCACGUAUCAGUGAAUUCGUUGAAGAAAAGUAAUAGUUCAAACAUAGAAAUCAUACAAGAUAAGGGUAAUUUUAGACUUCGUAAAGUGGCAUUGGCUAUUGAACGUCAUUCGAUGUAUUUUUGUAGUAUAGAAGAUUAUUCUCUUAGAAAGUGGGAUGUAAGGACUGCAUACGACAAGAAGAAUGUGAAAGUAAUAAAGACAGAUAAGAAAUUAUUAAAUUUCGUUUCUGGUUUGAAAAUUAGAAAAAGUAAAAUCCUUAGGAAACAUAAUUGUACGCAAGUCUAUGGAUUAGCAAAUAAAUAUGAGAGGACAGGAACUAAAACAAGAAAUACAAAUGAAAUCAAUUACAAUAUAUUUUCGUAUAAUUUGUGCGGAAAAGAUGGACCUUAUGAAUAAGAUUAUCUUUGUUUACAAUAUUGCACGAAAUUCCAUGUGGAUACAGUUGCAUACAUUUUAAAUAUUAUAUUAUAUAAACAAUACCUAUUUAAAAAGAAAUAUACAUAUAUAUAUAUAU